AUGACAACUCCAGGUGGUUCCUCGUCACAACGAGAGCGCAAUGCCGUCUCGCCAUCGCCCGCCCGCGACGCACUUCAGGGCAACCUUGCAAAUUUGACCGGCGCUGACAUUGGUCUCACUGUAUCCAAGCGAAAGUCUUGGUUUGGAAGCGCUCGAACGGCGAUCUUCAAGCAUGUCGGCUCACGGAGAGGCGACGCCAAUAAGACAGAGGCGUAUGUCCAAGUCAUCCGCGCGUUCAGGAGCGAGCGACCGCUGACAGUGUUUCAUCUGCAGCGGCGAUGAGUCCGCAUCUGCUGAUGCAGACGGGCUCCUAGACCCAACGCCUCUCGAAGACUGCGACGUCACGCCAUUGAAGCCGAGUCCACCGCGCCAGCGAACCUUUACCCCGAAAAAUGCAAUCAACUCCCUCCGCCAGCACAUGCACCAUUCCAAUCAGCGUCACAAACGAGCAGCUUUACCCCUGGCGAUGAAUGAACAAGCAAACCAACAACAAGAUCCAUCCGCAGUUGAAGAAAGACAGCCUUCACCUGAAAACGACGGGAUUGACAUCGUGUCACCCCUGAAAAGCAAUGAAGUCUCGCCCAGAAGUCAAAGAGGACGUGCCAGUCUGAGCAUGAGUCUGGUCGGCAGCAUUCGCGGCUUGAGCAGACUACCGACAUUAAAGUACAUGUCACCGACCAAACGAAGCAGAGAUGAGCUGGUGUCUCCAACAAAAGAAGCCAGCCAAGUGCCACUUCCAUCUUCGCCUAUCAGAAUCAAGCCGCCGCCGACGCUUUCACUCGAUCUCGGCCCUGCAGCCCUUGUAUCAUCCAACUUUGGACGAUUCUCGCCUGAAAUCGAUCGAGCGUCCACGUUUUUCAACCUGACCGAUCCUUCCAGUACCGCCAAUGUAGACCCCUUGCAGGUCUAUGGGGCUCAGAUCGUCACUGCCGCUGACCAAGGUCUGCCAGGCACGGGCGAGCCAGAAUCCGAAGAUUUGGAAAAGACCUACUCCGACAUCAUGACACGCAUCAAAUUGGAGCCGUCAUCUUAUAUCAUAUCGAGGGAGGAGUUUGCGGUUUUGAGCAUCUUCAUGGAUCGUGUUCAUGGCGACGAAGCAGCAGAGCAAGCGCUCAUGCGCUACUGGUCCAGCGCCGACGUUGCGUCCGCUGGAUGUAGUCCAGCGCAAAAUGUACCGACGUACUAUACACGUAUUCCUGGUGAAGGUCCACAAGACCAACAGAUGGUCGGUCAACGCCAGUCUGUAAGGCCUAGCGAUGUGCUGAAUAUUCCGGUGGAUGAUUUCGGUGUCAGCCAACCAUCCGGCCCUUCCACUCCGUUGCCCGGCACCGGUCAGAUGUUCGACUUCGAUGGCGCCAAUGACUCUACUGAACUCUUUGAGCGAAGCGUCGAGUACAAGGACAAGAAGUAUAAGAAAGAGAAUCGCAAGCUGAAGAAGAUGGUAUCUCUUGAUGCUAUGGCUGAGGAAUGCGCGAAUACACCUUCCUACGGGCUCUCGACUGAGGCCGAGCGCUCUCGACAAAAAAGACUAUCGACUCUGACCACUGUGAAUUCCAUUCCAGAAGACAUGUGUGAGAUCACGCGCCAGGCGGCACAUCUCCAGACCCCCUCAGCCGGUCACCGCAAUCCAGCGACAGGAGAGUGGCAGAGUGAUGACCCUUUUGCGCCUGGUAACGUCGUUGGGAAUGUCGCCGAGAGUGGCGUUCCGUCGCCGACGAGGAGCGUAAAACUACCAUUGCGUCCAAAGAUAACCUUACAAGCAGCAGAUCCGACGCAGCAGAUGAAUACAACCCUCGGCGGCAAGCCUAGCUCUCUGCUUCUGGACAAUGCUGCUGCAACGCUAGCACUUGCUUCAGACUCGGAUGCUGGAGAAUACGGCGAUUUCAAAGCGCAGCAUUGUCUCCCGGAUCUCGGCAAGGAGGAAAAUCCAGAAUAUGAUAGCCCCAGCCUUAGCGACUCUGGUAUGAGUCUUGCUGCAUCUUUUGGCCGGGCAGCAUCACUUGCAGACCUUGUCUCUACCACAGAGGUACCUGCACCGCAAGCGCGUUCUGGUAUCGCGUGUAUGUCCAGUGGAAACGAUGUCUUCGGCAGUCCAUGGAAAUUUCGUAGUUGGCGUGAAGCAGCGCCAGCCAACAUGGCCUCACCAGAUGACAGUCCUGCUACCACGGCAUUCAACCGCACACCAGACAUGGGAGAGCGCGAAGAGUUCGAUUUGAAGAGAUCUCAGCGCAACAUGCGUUACAAUGCCUUGUGCAAUGAGCAUUCCUCCGACCCUGAACACGAGGAUGAUGCCAGACCUCCUUCUGCGUUCCCUUCUCCACUUCGUCCAAGGCUUUGCCUCAACACUGGCGAUCUCAGACUGGGUCGACGCACCUAUGCAUCCUCUCCCAAGAAAGACAUUCGCCACACGGAUGUUGGUAUGAGCUCCGACAGUGUUGACACCGAGCUGAAAGUUAUGGUUGCUCAGCACUACCAAUUCAAAGAUCAUAUCGAUGCUAUUGCUCCCAGUGACAAUGUUGGUCUCGCGGCAUCAGGGGGGUUCGAUAACUCAUCAUCUCUUACACCAACCGAAAAUCCUUUCUCUCCUGCCUCGGAAGCCUACAGCAGUCAUCUCUCUCCCAACAGCAAGAAGAUCUGGUCCAAUGUUGUGCGGACCCCGUUUCACACGCCUCCUGCCGUGUCGCCUGCUUCUUCAAAGCACCCAAGAAAGGUUGCUAUUACGGCUGAUGACGACGGAGGGAGUGAGCAAGGCGAAGUCUGCACAUACGACUUCGAUCUACCAGAGGCGGAUCAGCGGCGCGACAGUGCUGCUCCUUUCUCAUCGGAAGGCGAGUCUACGGAGCACCCAGAUAGCGAAGGCCUCACGGAUACUCUGGAUGAUUGUCUCAAGAUGUUCCGCUCCUUCAACCACUCUCAAGGACAAUUGCCAUCGAAGUCUUCGGAGGCUACGAUCAAAGUUGAUGGCCAGGUGGGCGAUACCGCUGAUCCUUUCAGCUCGCCUGACAGUGGAUAUAAUGCGGACAAAAACUCUCCAUCUCCAGGGACUGGUUCCGCAGGAAAGAAAAAACCACCUGCGAGAUAUCGGAGUAUCAGGGGAAUCCGGAAAUGUGAGCUUGGCUGUAAGGAGACUGAUUGA